AUGUGCCCGAGUUCCAAGGUUGGCUUCGAGAUACUCCACGGCUGCUACGAAGCGAACAACACCAGCUGCUGGCCCGCCUACACGCCUCCCAAGUCACCGCAGGCUCCCCGUCCUGGCCCUGCGACUGGCUACCACGCAACUACGCCGCCGCACCAAGAUCUGGGAGGGGGGACGGGGGUUGUUCCCAAGACAUCUCAGGACCAUUCAUGGGUACGGGGCCUGGCGGGGCUCACGCUACCUUAA